AUGGAUGCAAUCGAUCCUGCCCAGAUCUACGUCGGCGGUGCGGCAUCGGGGGUCGCCUGCGCCACCUGCAGCGCAACCUCCACGUCAGGCUCCUGGCGCAAAGGCUGGGCCUUGGGCAUCGGAGGCGAUGCAUGGGCCAACUUGUGCAACAGGUGUGGGCAGCGCUGGGCCAAGGCUGGAAGACCAGACCUCCGCCCCGGGGAGGAACUGGGCACCAGGCGGCCGGAGGUGAAGGACAAGGAGAGGAGUGGUUGGUCGGACGGGCGCCACCACAAGUUUGCGCGGCCGAGCUACUCCCCCACCAACAGCGACUCGGAGACGUCUCGCGGAAACAACUUUUUCAUCAGUGCCCAUGCCCCGGAGGUCCCCCCCAGCGGGGCUUCCCCCAGCUCCCCCGGCCAGUACGUGUCGUUCUGCUUGCAGAAGGUCUGCCACGUCCGCACCCAAUACAUGCUGGUCUGGGUGCAGGAUGCCCGCCACGUCAGCACCCUGGCCGUUGUGGGUACGGACGCACGAUCCAGCGGUCACUACACAUACACCAAGGCCCCUGACUUCCCCGGCCCACCCCUGACCUGCACCAAUAGGGCCAGGGUGUUGAACUGGCUGGGCCAGCUGGGCAUCCAUAACCAGGUUCAAGAGGGGACCUGCAUCCUCCCAAGCCUGUCCCCCGCAGCCCUCCUGCACCUCGCAGAGGGAGCACGCACCGUGGGCUGCGCCUGGGUCGACGUGAGGGAGGAGGCCGUUCACCUGGGCGGGCACCUCAGCCGCCGUUUCUUCCUCGUCAACGCCUACGGCGGUCAGGCGCUGGCAGCCACCAGUACCAACGGGAACUCGGUGUUCAGGGCGGAGCCAGCGUUUGGCGGGGCCCUCUUCCCCUCCCGCGCGAGCCUGGUGGCUUGGCUGGAGUCCCACCUCUCGCAUGGUAUGAGCGGGGUCGGCGGUGGUGGUGAAGCAAGUGGGCCCACCCUUCUCGGCCUGGUCCUCACGCCCUGUGCCUGCACUGCCUCGCACCACCCUCCCUCCACGCCCACCUCCCUCCCCCCCCCCCCCCUACCUAACUUCUUCCCCCCUCUCUGCCCUGCAGGUGACGACGUGGCCGCGGGUCCCGGCUGCGGCGGCAGCUACCUGCACCUCCCCUCGCCGCCCUGCUACGCAUACGUGCCGCAGGCCUUCCUGCCCGGGCCCGGGCCCCAUGCGGCGGCGGUGGGCGGCAAGGUGCGCCCGCGCCUACCCGCAGCCUUCCACGGCGCCGACCUGGAAGGCCUGGACGACCUCGCCUUCCCCUCCCUCUCCCCCGUCACCCUUAUCAACACCGGGGACGACCUGGGCAUGGCCUGCCUCCAGGACCCGGCGCUAAGCGGGUGCCUAACGCUGCAGCCGGCGGCCGGCCUGCCCCCGAACACCCCAGCCCUCGUGGGCCACUUCCACACGCCGGCACAGCAGGCGCAGCAGCAGCAGCAGCAGCACAUGCACCUUCUCGCCAGGCCGCCACAGCCCCAGUUUGAGGAGCACAAGCCAGGCUCAGGCUCCCUCAUCUCUCCGCAUCAACUCAUGCACUGGGCGCAGCUGUCCCACUGCGACGUCGACCUGGCCGCGCUGGACAGCACAGACCUGUCGCGGGCGGUGACCGCGCUGCGCAAGCACCCGGACGCAAGCGUUGCGCACAUGGCGGGGCGGGAGUCGACGAGGUGGCGCUCCAGCGCGCUGAGCGUGCUGAGCCAGGCGGCGGCGCGGUAG